UGGAGCAAGCUCACCUCUUCUCUGGCGGGCCUGUUCUGCACCACCCUCUCUUCGCUCUCGUCGCCCAGUCUAGUCAUGCCUCACUCUGGCAACUCAAGCAACAAGACGACAACACUCCACGCCCUGCUGCCCUCGGAGCAAGUAUGCACCGAAAACCUCGCGCCGCUGCUCUCCCUCUUGCCGUGCGGCGCACAUGCCGGCCUGGCCAGUCUGCUUGACAUGCAUCGCAUGGCCGAGGCGCAAUACGUCGGCAUGCGCAUCUACAUGCGUCGCCACCAGCGCCAGGAGCAGGAGGCAGAGCAGGACAAGAAGAAAGCUCAACAGCAUCACGCUGCAGAGGAGGAGAUGUGGACCGUGCAACUCAAAAAGCUCUUCUCUCGACCUUUGCAGCGCGUGUGUCCACUGGCCACAUCCUCGUCCAUCGUCGUACACGCGCCUCUCGACGCUGCCUCCUUUGCACCAAGCAAUCACAACGACGCCGACGACGACGACGGCGCGAGCGAGGCUCUCUUCACUCCCAAGUUCAAGCUCUAUCCCGCCCUCGCUGCUCAAGCGCCGGCGUUGUCGCCGGAGGAUGAGGAGAUCGCUGACGACGACGCCGAUGCCGCCGACGCCGCCGCCGCGCCAUUGACGCCCGCUCAACAUCUGACGAAACAUGGACGCGUGACGUACGAUGCUUUGAGCGCUGAGCUGCCGCUCAAUGUCGGCAUGGACUGGACGGAGGCCGUCUUCUCCUACCCUCGCAACUACACAUCUCCCGACCUGCUCUUCUCGCGCGACUUUCGCGGCGCCGGUCAAGAGCGCGGCGUCUUCUCGCUGCAGCUGCGCAACACGAACGAAGUGCAUGCGCUCGACUUGCUCUACUACGAUGCGCUGCCAUGGUAUAUCCGUCCCUACCUGCACACCCUCUCUUCCCGCGUCGAGCUCGCCGAAUUCUCCCAUCCCGACUUGGUGCGCUUCGCCGACGAUGAAUCGGCCUCGCCCCUCGUCGGCGCCAGCUACUCGCCGGCCAUGCCGCGCGCAAGGCCGUUUCGCCUCGAACUCAAGCUGCGCAUCCCGCCGGCGGCCAGCGUGCGCCUGGAGAUGGCGUAUGACAAGGCCUUCUUGAGGUACGAGGAACAUCCGCCCGACGCGCAUCGCGGCUUUGAUGUGCCGCCGGCCAUCAUUGUGCAGCUUGCAGACGAGAGGGCAAGGCAUAGGAGGGAAAAGUGGUACUACACGCGCCCGGCACUCAUUGAGGUGGCGGUGCCCGACUUCUCGGUGCGUAAAGGCGGAAGCAAGACUGUGGGGGAAGCGAGGGAGGCCGGGCAGGCGCAAAGGAACACGACAGGCUGA